GACACACUCGGCUGUCAACCAGCCGCAGCCCAUACGGAGUGACUGGCUCUCGACUGCGUAUUAAAAAAGUGAUACAGACCCUGUGUAUGGACUUGUGUCGGCGGUUGAAUAUUUUCUGUCGCAUAUAUAAAUAAAGAGGCUAAUUAACAAUUAUAAUUAAUGCCUUUUUAUUUAAUAAUGCAUUCAGAAAUGGAAGAAUAUGAGGCGGACGUGUCCGUGGUGGACGUGUACGAUAUCGCUUCGGAAAUUGGAAAGGAGUGUGAAAAAUUGAUAGAUGUUUUUGGGGCGGAUUCUGUAACUAGUCUUAUGCCAAAAGUCAUCAACGCAUUAGAGCUGUUGGAACGAUUAGCGACUAAAAAUGAACGUGAAAAUACCACUGUGCAAGAGCUCAGAUCCAAGAUUUCACAGUUGGAAAAUGAUAAGAUUGAAAAAGCAGAGGAUAGGCAAAGAUUUGAAAAGGAAUUGGAACAAAUUGAGGAUCAUUGGCGACAAGAAUCACGAGACUUGGUGGGUAUGGUAACAAGACUACAAGAUGAGAAUCGCCGGCUAGCUACAGCCUUGCAGGAAUCACGUAGCGACAGUGAGGACAGCGGUAAACAAACAUUCACUGCUAGUCAAGAGGUAGAUGUCGCAGUACUGCAACGUUUAAGAACCAUGAUUGAUCAACAAAGGGACCAAAUUAGAGCUAGGGACAGAGAACUGUCUCAAAAAACUUUGGAAAUUGAAAAUCUAAGUGGUCAAGUUGAAAAGCUUGGCGUUGUGGGCCGAGAAUUAAGACGCAAACAGCGUCAGGCACAGAUGCAAGCUAGAGGGCUUGUCGAAGAACGUGCAGAUUUCCUUGCCCAACUUCAAGACCAGAAUCGGGAACUCAUCAAUCUCCGAGCACGCCUUGGUCUAGCUAAAAAGGAAAAUGAGGACCUAACAAAGUACCAGCCAGCUCCCGAUUUUGCUAACAAAGCAGUAUACGAUUUGGAUGAUCCAGACCGACCUAGAUUUACCACUGCUGAACUCAAAGAAAUCUUACAUGAAAGGAAUGAACUAAAAGCUAGAGUUUCCGACCUGGAGGAUGAACUUGAACUCUAUCGUCCUAAGCCUGAGACGACCUUGAGUUGUGCAAGCCCGUAUAGUGGGCAACCCGCGAUUCCAUUUAGUAAAGGACAGAAUUACAUCGCUACUUCUCCUGCCACAGUGACUAAUGUUACUCCGCCCGAAGAUGACAAAGAUGCACCAGUACAAGGACCAUUACCCUUCGAGCCAGAUGAUGCACCUUGGAAAAAGUCAUCAGAAUCUGGGAUUCGAAAAUUCUUCCGCAAAAUAUUUUCUGAAAGCAGUGGCAGUUUUUUAGGCAGUAGCAGCCCAAGGAGAAGUCUUUCUAGUCUCUCCAAAAUGGCAUUGUCUGGCAAUGGUGCAAGUGAUACAUCGAUUUAAACAGUCAAUCAUUAAUCGUACUGGGUAUGCAAAUUGGUAUUUGAACUUCGUGAUGUACAACUAAUUCUUAGGCCAAUUUCUUAUGAUAUUAAAUAACGAGAUUCAUAUUAUCGAAUGGCACUGUACUGAAAAUCUUUUAAUUUAAAUAGUCGUAAUUGACUGAAAUCGCAUUUCUUUUGCUGUUUGUAUAUACAAUCACUGUUAUUUCGAGUUCCAUUUUUUCUACCGUUCGAAAUGAGAAGUCUAAUAUCUUUGAAAAUUUGAAUGAUGUAUAUUAAUCAAUUGAAUAGAAAAUACGAGUUAAAAUAUAUUAUUAUACUAGAAGUGCUAUGAAGUAUGUAUAUUAACCAUCAGCAUUAAACACAUAUCUGUACUUGAAAAUUCAACUCAAUGUUCCGGAAAAAGUCUCUAUUGGAUUAGGACAUUAACAUAAAAUUCAGUAUGGAAGAUAGAAUCUAUUUGUUUAUCCUUAAUCAUAUCAAACAAAGGUUCCUUUUACGAGUUUACCGAAAUUGCAACCUCAAAAGCAAUAUUUUACUACAUCAACACUAAGUACACUUAUUUUUAUUAUUGAUUUUGACACCACCCUCAUUUGUACACACACACACAGAAUGUAUGUAUAGUAUAACCACACACAUUCACAUACAAAAACAUAUCAAAUCUCGAAAUCCAUAUUUACCAAAAGUCCUAUGUAGAUAUGUCCUACCAAAAAAUACAUUGUACUUGUAAAUUGAUAGUAUUGAACGUUAAACAGAAGGCCAUUGCAAUGUAUACAUAGAAAUUAAUUAUUAAGAACACAGGAUUCACAUAAAAAAUAUGUAGUGUAAUGUCAUACAGGGGUAGAAGACCAAUAACGUAUCCUACAUUUUAUGGGCUUAUAAACUUUA